AACGGGGUUUGCAAUAUAAGAAUUGCGCGAAGUUACAUGGGGCUAAGUCUUGGGAGCCAGAACUUUGAAGAUCUUCGUACCAGAGGUUGUGCGUACGUGGAUAAGACUGACCAGGUUUGGGAGAUUGCCAACGCCGGUAGGCCGUACGUGCUCAGUCGGCCUCGACGUUUCGGGAAGAGUCUUCUAAUUUCCACGUUCAAGGCUUACUUCCAGGGUCGGAAAGAUCUCUUUACAGGACUGGCGAUUGAGUCGUUGGAAAAGAAAUGGGAGCAGUACCCCGUUCUACAUCUCGACCUGAGCGCGCUCGAGUGA